AUAAUGAAUGUGAUGCAGAGAUACCCGGAUUUGUAUCCAAACAGCGCCGAUACUGUGAAGGAUUCCGUGCUAUUCUAUCACCGACUCGUCGAGACCUAUAAGUAUGCGUUCGCUAAGCGAUCCCAUUUAGAGGACAGUCACACCAGUAAAGUAUUGGAAGUGUUGGAACAGUUGACGUCCAAUGACUUCGCGAAGAAUGUGAGCGCUUAUAUCGAUGACUCGCAAACAUUCAAAAGUGACUCCGGUCAUUACGACAAAACACCCGUCUUUAUGUCUGAAGAUCACGGAACAGCCCACGCGUCUGUUGUGGACUCUCUCGGCAAUGUUGUGGCCGUCACCACAACUGUUAACUCAUAUUUUGGUUCAAAAGUGAUGUCUCCACAGACAGGAAUCCUAUUUAACAAUCAAAUGGAUGACUUUACUACCGGUGCCACCAAUGACUUUGGUAUUCCAGACUCUGAUGCAAAUUGGGUGACAGCGGGUCGUCGCCCACUAUCGUCGAUGUGUCCGACAAUAUUCACCGAUACUAACGGCUUACGACUCGUGAUCGGCGGAAGUGGUGGACCAAAGAUCACGACAGCCGUGGCCUCCGUCUCAAUGAGGAACUUAUGGUUUGGCGAAAAUAUCAAACAAGCGAUC